CAGGAAAACAACUAAGGGAAGCGCUGCUGUCGUUCUUGUCAGACCUUUGUAAUCGUAUGGAUAUUAAAUAUCUUCAUGUCCUAAUAUCAAUAUCCGAAGAGCGAUAACAAACUGGGAAAGUUAUAAGUUGUUGUAAUGUUUAAUGUCGUUCAUGACUGUGCUUUCGCUUUCAGAUUAGCUAGCAGGCAGACGCAAAGAGAAGCUGUUUAAUAUCUGGACAUAUAAAUCUCGUGGUCUGGGCGGUGGCAGGGUUUCGCAAUCCAGAUUUCAUUAGAGUGUUGUCAAGAUGCCUGCUAUGGUGGUGUUGGGACGACGAUGGCGGAUCGCCAGCGAUGAUCUUGUGUUUCCUGGUGCCUUCGAGUUAUUUAUCAGAGCUCUAUGGUGGAUCGGGACCUUAGUUCUAUACACCAACCAUAAAGGACGUUUUGACUGUCAGGGUGGAGCAGUUUUGCAUAAUUACCUUGUGGUUCUUCUUGUUCUGCUGGCUAUCAUCAUCUUGACACUAUGUGCCAUUGUUUACAUAAGUGCUCAAGGAACCAUAAUGAAUCCAGGGCCUCGACGCUCUAUGCCAGCCCUGGUGUAUCUCCGUGCUGUCCUGUACAUUCCUGAGUUUGUAUGGGCCUGUCUGGGAGCCGUAUGGGUAUCUGACAGUAGCACAGGAUGUAAGCCAGCUGAGGUCGGAGCUGUGAUUGCUGCUGUGAUUUCAAGCUGGGUCAUCCUUCUGUCCAUGGUGGUGGGCGUGCUCAUAGUGUUCGACCCUCUGGGCAGCCAGAAGCCGGCUGCAUUGGACCGUCAUUCAGGCCUGAGAAACCUGGAGAGCAGUGAAUCCUCUCAGCUCUUUUACCGCGCACGCACGUUGGCCGCACGGGUGUGGGAGAGUAGGCUACGUUUGCUCUGCUGUUGCCUGCCUCAGGAUGACAACCACCGCGCCGCAUUCUCUAGCAUCUCCCAGCUGGUCAGCGGCUUCUUUUUGGAUACAGACCUGGUACCCAGUGACAUUGCUGCUGGUCUGGCGCUUCUUCAUCAAGAACAAGAUAAAAUGGAACACUGUCGAGAUCCUGAUGAGGUUCUGAUCCACAGCCCCUCUUCCCCCAUUAGAGAAGAUCUGGAGGUCGAACUGGAGAAAUCCGCUCACUUUUUGCAGUUUGCUGUAGCGGCGUAUGGCUGGCCAUUGUACAUCUACUCAAACCCCCUCACCGGACUCUGCAAACUCAGUGGAGGCUGUUGUGGAAACCGCCAUGCAGAGUAUGACCUAGUGGGAGGAGACAACCUUGGCUGUCAUUUUACUUCUAUCUUGCAAAGCACAGGUCUGCAGUAUAGAGACUUCAUCCACAUCAGCUUUCAUAACCAGAUCUAUGAAAUCCCAUUUUUUGUGGCAUUAGAUCAUAAAAGAGAAUCGGUCCUGGUCGCUGUCAGGGGCACUCUUUCACUUAAGGAUGUGUUGACAGAUCUCUCCGCCGAGUGUGAGAAUUUCACUGUUGAAGGCGUGUCGGGAACCUGCUAUGCUCAUAAGGGCAUAUCUCAAGCUGCAAACUACAUCUACAAGAAACUAGUCAAUGAUGGUAUUUUGAGCCAGGCGUUCAACAUUGCACCUGAGUAUAAACUGGUCAUUACAGGACACAGUCUUGGAGCAGGAACAGCUUCUUUGCUGGCUGUACUUCUACGCAGUACACAUCCCACCCUGGAGUGCUAUGCUUUCUCCCCACCAGGGGGACUUCUGAGUAAAGCACUGGCCGAUUAUUCAAAGCAGUUUAUCAUCUCAGUGGUGUUGGGAAAAGACCUUGUUCCAAGACUGAGUAUUCCAAACAUGGAAGAUUUGAAAAGAAGAAUAUUAAAAAUGGUGUCUAAUUGCAGUAAACCAAAAUACAAGAUAUUAAUGCAUGGCUGCUGGUACGAGGUGUUUGGAGGAACCCCUGAUGAUUUCCCCACAGAGAUGGAGAACCGUCGGGAGGAGGCGCUAAAUCAACCGUUGCUAGGAGAGGAGAGUCUGUUAGUGCAGCGCUCAUCCACCUAUCAGAGCCUGUCAUCGGAUGACUCGCCCACCCACCCUACCCACUUACCCCUGUACCUGCCUGGACGUAUCAUGCACGUCACAGAGGAGGGUCCCACACGCAGACACUGUUUUUCUCAGGUGAGGUACCGCGCUGAGUGGUCCAGCGAGACAGCAUUCCGAAAUGUUCUGAUCAGCCCAAGGAUGAUCGCCGAUCACAUGCCCGAUGUGGUUCUCCGGGCCCUGCGCAGUCUUACCCGUGACCACCCGUUUGCUCUCUGCCACUCUUCCAUGAGCAACAGCCACCUGAAUGUCAUUUGAGCUCUUAAUGCCUGGGGUCUGAUCUUUAAACCGACUUUGCUACAUGCACAAACAGACUGUUGGGAGCAUGACUGUGUUGGACUGCUUCCUCAGUCAUUUUAUUUAGAGCAGUUUAGCUCUUGUGUAUUUAUUUAUUGUAUUUAUUAUGCCAUUAUAAUGUGCUUGUCUGCUUUUUAAUGGCAUUAUGAAUUGUUCAUCACCCCAUCGGAACAAACCUGUAUGUGACAUUUGAAAUGCUGCCUUGCUCAACUAUAAAAAAAUCAUUUUUAUUGUUCAAGAUGGGCAGUUUGGACUUUGGAAAAAAUGCAGUAUUGUUUAUGUACUGGUUGUGUGCAAUUUUUGUGAUGUAUCUUCGCCAUAUCCGAGUUGGGUUAUAAGAAAUGAAAAGUGAAAUAGGGAUGGAUUGUAGAUCAUUGAAUUUAGAUUUUGAUGCUUGAGGCCACAUGCAUGAAAACAUUUUGUGUUUUCAUUUACUUCAUUACUUCAUACACUUUUCAGUUUAGUCACAUUAUGCAAAAUAAAUAUGCCGAAGAAGAAA